AUCCCAACCGGAUCCCUCCCUGACAAUGUCCCGAAUUCCCGAUUCACCACCAGUGACCAGUCUCCUUCCCUCUUCCGCUUCCUCUUCUCCGCCCGCUGCUCCGCUGAAACCCCAAUCCGUCUAUCCAUCCCCGGGCACUACUGCUUCCGCGAUUCCCCGCUCAGCUCGUGUGAUUGAACGAGGCGCAGCAGCUCUUUGCAAAUCGUUCUGUAUUUUUGCUCUCUCGAUUUGUUUGGUUCGUUGUUGCUGCCUGGGAGAGAGGUUUCAGGGUAGAGCAAAACCCUGCCUUGCUAGCCUCGGGAACGCCGCCUAAUCAGGCUAAACCUUUUGAAUUCUGUGUUGACGCUGGGGGAUUAAUAAUGGCAGCGCCAUCCAGGUUGCGGGGGAGGCGGCUGCUGGGCAGGGAGGUGGAGCGUGAGCACGAGCCGUUCACCAUCGAUGAGGACGUGUCCCAUCUCACCAGGAUCCGAUCGGAGCCGUGUCCCCGCACUCGCGCUGCCAUGCACCGUGCCGGCCGGAAGAAGAGGGCCGUCUCGGCUUUCGAGAUGCUGUCGGCGAGGGAGUCCGGCCGCUCGGGGGGCGGCGGGUUCUCUCAGGCCGACCGCGCUUACGCCGCCGGGAAACACCUCCCGGCGAAAGGCCCGUGGUGCGUGGAAGACAUGGAUAGCGAGGCGUACGUCUCGCAGUUCUCUAGCGAUGGCUCGUUGCUCGUCGCUGGGUUUCGGGGAAGCCGCAUCAGAGUUUACGAUGUCGACAAAGGGUGGAAGGUUCAUAAGAAUAUAAGCUGCAGAAGUAUGCGGUGGACCGUUUCAGAUAUUGCUCUCUCGCCUGACCAGCGAUACCUUGCCUAUUCCAGUUUGUCGCCUAUUGUUCACAUUGUAAAUGUGCAGAGUGCUGGAAGGGAUUCGGAUGCUAAUGUCACUGAAAUUCACGAAGGUUUGGAGUUCUGUGAUGACGACGAAUACUCUUUUGGGAUAUUCUCUGUAAAGUUUUCAAAAGAUGGUCGAGAAGUUGUUGUUGGGAAUAAUGAUAGCUCAAUAUAUGUCUAUGAUCUUGGAGCCAAUAAAGUAUCAGUCCGCAUCCGUGCUCAUGAGGCUGAUGUCAACACGGUGACCUUCGCUGAUGAAAGCGGUAAUGUGUUAUACUCUGGAAGUGAUGAUAAUCACUGUAAGGUGUGGGACAGGCGUUGCCUUGUAAGAGAAAAACCAGCAGGUGUAUUGACAGGUCACUUAGAUGGAAUUACAUGUAUUGAUAGCCGUGGCGAUGGGCGUUAUUUAAUCUCGAACUGCAAGGAUCAGACUAUUAAACUUUGGGAUGUUAGGAAGAUGUCCUCCACCGUAGAAGGACGUCCACCAAGAUUAUAUGAUUGGGACUACAGAUGGAUGUCAUUCCCAUCAAAUGCCAGAUACUAUAAGCAUCCAAAUGAUCAGUCUCUGGCCACAUACAGGGGUCAUUCAGUUCUGCGGACACUUAUCCGCUGUUACUUCUCACCAGUGCACAGCACGGGUCAGAGGUACAUAUACACGGGAUCCAGUGACGAGUCUGUCUAUAUCUAUGAUGUGGUUACCGGGGAGGUCAUCAAAAAGCUCUCAUGGCACGGAUCAAUUAUCAGAGACUGCACUUGGCAUCCUUACCGCCCGACGCUCGUCAGCUCUUCCUGGGACGGCUAUCUGGCCAGGUGGGAGGCAUCAGGCGACAAUGAGGACCCCUCGAUGCUCACGCUCGACGAGCAGAGGACUAGCCCUUACCACCAAAUGUAUGGGAUGUCCUUUGCUAUGUAAAGAAGUUGCUGAGGAAACCUGGCAUGAUCUGAAGAGACGCAGCAGCUGGUUCGUGGUUUGUGCUGAGCUCCAGGUUAAGCAUUCAUGUCAGGCAAUGCUGUUCCGAAAAUGCAGGGACAGAAAGAAAAAAUUGUUGAGAGUAGCUUGGUAAAUUUGUGUAUGGUCAAUCAGAUAAGUUGAUGUCAUGCAUGUACAUGUGUAUUACUUUGCUGCCAUAUGGCGAUGUGCAGAUGGUUGUCAUGAAGACUUACUGGAGUUGGCUAUGCUCAGUUGCGCCUUUCCUUCUAUUCAAUAAAUCCCAAGCGUCAAAAGAAA